AUGACGAACCCCAAAUCCCUCCUGGCCGCCAUCCCCCUGGCCCUGGCCCUCGUGCCCACCGUCCUCGUCAACGCCUUCGCACUCCCAAACCACGCCGGCCCCUACCCCAACCCCUUCAAGCCCGCCAACCUCGACCCCACCGCCUCCCUCCUAACCACAACGUCCGCCCUGCGCGAGCUGAACGACUACCACAACAACACACUGCGCGUCGAAUCCGUAAACGAACAAUACCUCGUCGUCGAGGCGCACAGCCUGACGCACGUGGCCACCAUCACAGACAACUCCGAGGCCGAAAGGGACAUCAACAAGAUCGUGCGGCUGUGCGACAUGAAUUUAUUUGCUGAGACCUACCACCACGCUCCUGCACGUGACCAUGAUGACGAUCAUGAUGAUGAUGCGGAUGACGGCGAGGAAAGUCCUGCGGACGUCACGACGCGGUGCAGCAGACAUCAUUGUAUGUCGAGUCAGCAGUGCAAGAGCCGCCAGUGCACGUGA